CGUACGUUACGCACGCAGCGUCAUACCAUAGCCGACCAUGGCGGAAUGUGGUCGAGUUGUCAGGAGCACAAGUAGUCACACCAUGGAUAAAAGCAUUAUUCUUCCACCGGAUGAAAUAUUCCGCAACCUGGAGAACGCAAAGCGCUUCGCUAUAGACAUAGGUGGAUCUCUGACUAAGCUUGCUUACUACUCAACCGUUCAACACAAAGUGGCCAAAGUACGAUCCUUCGACCACAGCACAAAGGAAGCAGCCAGUGACAAGCUGUAUGAGAUAGCAGUUCAGGAAGAGGUCACAGCUCGCCUGCACUUCAUCAAGUUUGAAAACGCCUACAUCGAGACGUGCUUGGAUUUUAUUAAAGACCACCUGGUCAACACCGAGACCAAAGUCAUUAAAGCCACAGGUGGAGGGGCGCACAAGUUUAAAGAGCUGAUAGAAAGGAAACUGGGACUCAAAGUGGACAAAGAGGAUGAAAUGACCUGUCUCAUCAAGGGUUGUAAUUUUGUGCUGAAGAACAUCCCCCAUGAAGCUUUUGUGUAUGCCAAACAUGCUGACUCAGAGUUCCGCUUUCAGACCACUAAUCCUGACAUCUUCCCCUACCUGCUUGUAAACAUCGGCUCAGGGGUCUCCAUAGUUAAGGUUGAAUCAGAAGACAAAUUUGAGCGUAUAGGUGGAAGCUCGAUAGGCGGAGGGACAUUCUGGGGCCUUGGAGCAUUGCUCACUAAAACAAAGAGAUUUGAUGAGUUACUACAGCUGGCCUCUAAAGGGCAGCAUUCAAGUGUCGAUAUGCUCGUCAAAGACAUUUAUGGAGGAUCUUACGGAUAUUUGGGUUUGACUGGAGAUCUUAUUGCAAGUAGUUUUGGAAAGUCUGCAACAGCUGACAAAGAGUUCUCGAAAGAAGACAUGGCCAAGAGUUUACUCCAUAUGAUCAGCAACGACAUCGGACAGCUAGCCUGUCUGUACGCCAAACUCCACAACCUGUCCCGAGUAUACUUCGGAGGCUUCUUUAUCAGAGGGCACCCUGUCACCAUGCACACAAUAACUUACAGCAUCAAUUUCUUUACCAAGGGUGAAGUUCAGGCUUUGUUUCUGAGACAUGAAGGCUAUCUUGGAGCCAUUGGAGCUUUCCUCAAAGGAGCAGAGGAAGACAAUCCAAACCAGUACAGUUGGGGUGAAAAUUAUGCAGGAAGCUCAGGUCUGAUGAGUGUCUCUCCUGACAUGAAUCCAAUGCAGCGUGCUCGCAGUGGAACAUUUCCUUUUGACAUGUUGGAGAUGGAUCGUCUGGAGCGGCAGCUGGUGAAUCUGCCUCUACUCCAAGAUCCUUCUUCUUACAUCCCUGACACAGUUGACCUCAUAGAGGACGCUCAGGCCCGGGAAUAUUGGCUAUACUGCUUUGAAGAAGCCUUAGAUGGGGUGGUAAAGAGAGCUGUAGCGAGCCAGCCGGACAUCCCGGAAGCAGCCGAGCGAGCCGAGAAGUUUCGCCAGAAGUACAGACACAAGCUUCAAACCCUCCGCCAUCAGCCAUUUGCUUAUGGAUCCCUCACUGUCAGAAGUCUGUUAGACACGAGGGAACACUGUUUAAACGAGUUCAACUUUCCUGAUCCCUACUCUAAGAUUAAAGAGAGGGAGAACGACAUCGCUCUCAAGUACUACCAGAAAGCAGUGAAGUCCUUGGAGGAGCUGACCUGGGAGGACAGACAGUUUGCACUGGUUAGGGGCGUCUUGGCUGGAAAUGUUUUUGACUGGGGAGCCAAGGCCGUAUCAGAGGUCCUGGAAUCUAACCCUGAGUUUGGAUUUGAAGAAGCUAAACGGCGGUUAGAAGAGCGGCCAUGGCUCAUUGAUUCUUUUGAUCAGUGGCUUGAGAGAUUAAAGGGUCCUCCACAUAGGUGUGCCUUGUUUUUUGUAGAUAAUAGUGGAGUGGACAUCAUUUUAGGGGUGAUGCCCUUUGUUAGAGAGCUUCUGUCUCGAGGAACAGAGAUUGUGUUAGCCAGCAAUUCCGGUCCAGCUUUAAAUGACGUAACAAACAGUGAACUCCAGAUUCUGACAGAAAGAAUCGCAGCUAUGGAUCCUGUGAUUGAGUCUGCCCUGAGGGAGGACAGUCUGACAUUAAUCCAGAGUGGUUCCAGUUCUCCCUGUUUGGACCUGAGCCGCCUGGACAAGGUGCUGGCGAUGGUGGUGAGGGAGCGGCAGACCGACCUGGUGAUCAUUGAGGGAAUGGGCCGGGCUAUCCACACCAACUACUAUGCCAUGCUCAGCUGCGAGAGUCUCAAGAUGGCUGUCAUCAAGAACUCAUGGUUGGCAGACCGACUGGGAGGAAAGCUCUUCAGCGUGGUCUUUAAGUACGAGGUUCCGGCUGGAAAACCCCAUUAGGACGCUGCAGCUUUGACAUCAUAAAGGAAGAAGUCUCAAACAAAAACAGUAGUUGAUCAACUAGAACAGCUUGAGUGGAGCUCUGAAUGUAAUGACUGGGAUUGUAAAUUGUAAUUGGGUGAAUGUAUGACUGUUUUUAUGGGUGAUAACUUAUAGAAGAAUUUUACAUUGUUUUUCUUUUUUCCACAUUACUGAUUUUACUAUAUAAUAAACUCCAAGGGCCAUUUUUUCCCCAUGUUUCUGCCUAGCUACGUGUUCGGUCAUCAAUGACGUUGGAUCUCAUUCAUCACCUGACAAGUGAACACUGCCUGUGUUUAGAAAACUGUCGCAGAAGUAAAAAAUUCAUUCUGAAACUUCUGUUUUAAAAACGUAGAAGCCUCUGGUUGUGUGAAUUGCUAUGGAAAGUUGCAGGUGGAUCAUUAACAUUGCUUAUACAUAUAGCACACUUAACUGAUACCAAUUAGUGUAUUUGACGUGCCUUAAGCUUGACGGUAUACAAGCAUCUUUUACCCGGGCUGCUUUUUCAUUGCAAGCUCAUCUGCUUUGUUCCACCUCACCUUUGUUGCACAUAAAAAAAAAAAAUCACUAUUUCACGACUGCCGGCAAAUAAAUAGAAGUUUGAGUUUUGUCUCUGUCACUAGCAGUAUAGUAAGGGAAGAAGUUUGAUCAGAGGCUGGGAAACAGCACUUUAUCACAGUAUUUAAAAGUGUGAGUAGAUUUUCCUCCACUGGGUGGCAGUAUUCUACUGUGUAGAUUUUAUUUAACUUGAUCAAAUCCUUCCCACGCUGCUUGGUGUCAGAAUUAACACUACAUAAUUCAGGUCAAACGUCCUGUGAGCAUUACAAUGGUGAGAUAAGGCCAAUUAUUUACAGCAGGUCACUGGCAUGCUCAAAUGCACACUGUAUUCCAUUCUUCAGAAAAAAAUAAACAGUGUUUUAAGCAAUAAUACAGCAGCACUUGGUCGAUAUUGUCAUAUUAAAGUUAGUCUUUGCACAACUUCAUUUAAAAAUAUCUGAUUGAGGGUGUAAAUAGAUUAGAAAAGCCUUGGUGUUGAAAUAUCUCCACGAAACCGCUCCUGGACAUUUGGAGUCAUGUUUCGAUGCGUUACUUUUGUACAUAUGUGAUAUACAAGUGCGUGUGUGUAAAUAUAUCCAUAUUAUAUAAAAUUCAACUGCAUCUUUUCACUUAGCCACACAAAGCACAGAUUUUGUGUAUUAUUCUUCUGACAAUCUGUUUUAAAUAAAUUGUGAAAACCUUUA